CUGAGAUCGGUGAGGAUGCUCUCGUACGAGACAUUCUUUAUGUUUUCCAGGGAAUAGAUGGAAAGUUCAUCAAGAUGUGCAGCCCAGAAAACUGCUACAAAAUUGAUUCAAAGGUGCCACUGUGUAAGUCUCUGAGAGACACUAGCAGCAGGCUGGCAGAGCUCGGCUGGCUCCACAACAAGAUUAGAAAAUAUACAGAUUCCCACAGCCUGGAUCGAGCCUUUGGCCUAGUCGGACAGAGUUUUUGUGCUGCAUUGCAUCAAGAGCUGAAGGAAUACUACAGAUUGUUGUCUGUACUUCAUGCACAGCUCCAGGUGGAAGACGAUCAGGGUGUAAACAUGAGUGUGGACAGCAGUCUGACUCUGAGGAGACUGCUGGUAUGGACCUACGACCCCAAGGUUCGGCUAAAAACACUGGCCGCACUGGUGGACUACUGCCAAGGGCGUAAAGGAGGAGAGUUGGCCUCAGCAGUACAUGCAUAUGGAAAGACGGGUGACCCCCACAUGAGAGCAUUGAUCCAGCACAUCCUUGGUCUGGUGUCCCACCCCAUUCUUAACUUCCUAUAUCGCUGGAUCUACGACGGGGAGCUGGAGGAUACGUACCAUGAGUUCUUUGUAGCCUCAGACCCAACAGUGAAGACGGACAGACUGUGGCAUGACAAGUACUCUCUGAGGAAGAGUAUGAUCCCCUCCUUCAUCACCAUGGAUCAAGCCAGGAAG